CAGCGUCCGCCGAGUGCGCAGCGAGGCAGCCCCCGUGCUCCAGAGACUCGAUCUUCUUGCCGCCGACGUUCUUGGCCGGCUGGCUCGGCCGGAGAGAGAUCGGCCCGGUCACACGGGUUCCGCUUGUGCUCUGCGGUGCGCGGCGCACUGCCGCUUCGAGAACCACUGUGGAUAACGGCGCCAGGCAGGCUCGGUUCAUGCCAAGGGGGAGAUGGAGCGGAGGAGGCGGCGGCUCCCAGCCUGGACGCUGGCGCUCCUGAUGAGCGGCCUCUGGGCCACCGCCCGGGCCAAGGUCUACGACCGCUGCGAGCUGGCCCUAGAGCUGCACGAGCGUUUCAAGUUCCCCAAGAGGGACCUCGACAAGUGGUUAUGUCUCGCCUACUGGGAGAGCAGGUUCGACACCAGAGCCUACCACAAAGGAAAGUACGACGGCAGCGGAGACCAUGGCAUCUUCCAGAUCAACGACAAACACUGGUGUCAGCCGCACCAAGGACUCAGCGAGAACGUCUGCCGGAUGCCCUGUUACCUGCUGCGGGACGACAACUUAUACGAUGACAUUGAAUGUGUAAACAAGAUCUUCCGGCGACACGGUUUUCACGCCUGGAUGAUGUUCAGUCACAAGUGUUCGGGCAACACUCUGGAGUUCUUCAACGGCUGCGACUUUAGGAUACGUAGAGGCGACAUGACUGCGGCCCCCUCUGGGCUGAGCAUCACCAUCGAGCCUCCACCAAUCUUCGAGAAGCUCUCGCAGCUCACCAAGGGCAUCUACGAGUCCGGCAGCCACGGACCGCCCACGACAUCGUCCUCGGGGCCCACAAGGAGGGCUCCCGAACGCAUCGGCUCCAGGGAACCUGACCGCUGGACCGCCAAGCCCAGCGCCCACAAGGCUCGACCGCCAAGGCCUCGGGCACCGCAGAAGCUGCAGUCCCCUCAUCGGGAGAACAGGGAGCCGGUCCCCAUAGUUUUCCAGAGGCCCCCGCUUCCGAUGCACCAGUUGCAGUCGCCCAACCCGCCGCCACCGCGACGAACAGCGGUGAAGUACAGACCUCCGCAGCCACCCCAUGUCCAGGUCCUGCACAAACUAGAGCCGCAACCCCAACCCCGACCGCAUCCACGGCCACAGCCCCAGAGACCACAGCCGCAGAGACCACUGCUCCAAAGACCACAACCGCUGAUACCGCAGCUCCAGAGACCACUGCCACAGAGACCACCACUGCUACCAGGACCCUCAAUAGGACCAGGAGGUCCCGCAGUCUUCCAGGACAUCCAGACUCCGAUGGCCCAGGAGUCUAUUUCCCACGUCUUCGCCAUUCCGCCCAUGGGCCCAUCGGGGAUGCCGCUGCCCCACAUCCCACUGCAGCCCCAGCUCGUCGCGCUGCCGGGGACGUCACACGGGAUGUUCGAGCUGCGCAGGGGACCCCCGCCCCUGCCGGUGCCCGUGCACGUGCCUCCACCGCCUGCCCAGCUGGUUGUCUACAAGCGCACCAAGACGAGACGGCUUCCCGGAGGCAUCAGGCUGCGGCCGUUCAUUCAGUACGCCAGGUCGUCGAGGCAUUCCAAGGGCAAAGCAAAGAGGCGGCCGCCGUCAUUCUGAAGCAGCUCGGACGCACGCUGCGCGAGGCUCCCAAGUCAGUCGGACCAGCACUGCCUCAUCGACGCAUCCCAGGGAUUCAUUGGCUGCAUUUACAUGGACUACGUUUACGUGAAUGCGAUCGUAGCGCAUCGAA